AUUGCUUCAAGAGAUGGCAAGGCAGGCAGCUGCACCCCUCCUUCCCGGAGUCCUCCUCCUCUUCUCCAUCCUCCCGGCUUCCCAGCAAGGAGGGGUUCCUGGUGCUAUCCCGGGAGGGGGAGUCCCAGGAGGAGGCUUUUUCCCAGGUGCUGGGGUCGGAGGUUUGGGAGCAGGGCUCGGGGCUGGAGGAAAACCUCUCAAACCAGGGGUCGGUGGCCUCGGGGGACUUGGCCCUCUUGGCCUCCAGCCAGGUGCUGCAGGUCUGCUCCCAGGAGGUGCCUUCCCCGGGGGCGUCUUCCCAGGUGCUGCAUCCGCGGCCGCUCUUAAGGCUGCUGCGAAAGCUGGUGCUGGUCUUGGUGGUGUGGGUGGAAUUGGUGUUCCUGGAGGCCUUGGGGUCUCCGCAGGUGCUGUGGUGCCCCCGGGAGGGGUGCAGCCUGGGGUCGGUGCGGCAGUGAAGCCCCCCAAAGUACCAGGUGCUGGCAUCCCUGGGGCCUUCCCAGGCGGCGGCGUGCUCCCUGGCGCAGGUGUCCGCUUCCCUGGCGUAGGGGUGCUGCCUGGCGUUCCCACUGGCACCGGCGUCAAGGCAAAAGGUCCAGGAGCAGGAGCCUUCGCAGGAAUCCCCGGACUGGGAGGCUUUGGAGGCCAGCAGCCCGGAGUCCCUCUGGGGUAUCCCAUCAAAGCUCCCAAGCUCCCAGGUCUUGGACCUGGCGGGAUAGGAGCAGGACUUGGUGCUGGAAAGGCUGGGUACCCCACUGGGACAGGAGUUGGAGCACAGGCGGCAGCAGCAAAAGCGGCAGCUAAGUACGGAGCUGGUGUCCUGCCCGGGGCUGGCGGCAUCCCAGGGGUGGGCGGCGUGGUGCCUGGCGUCGGCGUUGUCCCAGGAGUUGGAGUCGGAGGGCCAGCGGCUGCAGCAGCAGCAGCGAAGGCGGCAGCGAAGGCAGGAGCCUACGGUGCAGGGGUGCUGCCCGGUGUCGGCGGUGUGCCAGGCCUUGUGCCCGGUGUCGGUGGUGUCCCCGGCUUGGUGCCUGGUGUCGGAGGUGUCCCCGGGGUGGCAGGAGUUGGAACGCCAGCGGCAGCAGCAGCAGCAGCAAAGGCAGCUAAGUAUGGAGCCGGCAUUGGCGUUCCCGGUGUCGGUGUUCCUGGUAUUGGCGGCGUGCCUGGUGUCCCUGGUGUGGCUGGUGUCCCCGGCGUGCCUGGUGUCCCUGGCGUGGCAGGCGUCCCUGGUGUGGUGCCUGGUGUCGGAGUGGGUGGCCCAGCAGCUGCUGCUGCUGCAGCAAAGGCUGCAGCGAAAGCGGCCGCAUUUGGAGCUGGCGUGCCCGGAGCCGGCGUUCCUGGAGUUGGAGUACCUGGAGUUGGAGUGCCCGGAGUCGGUGUGCCCGGAGUCGGUGUGCCCGGAGUUGGUGUGCCCGGAGUUGGUGUUCCCGGAGUCGGUGUGCCCGGUCUGGUACCUGGAGCCGGCCCUGCUGCCGCCGCUGCUGCCAAAGCGGCCGCCAAAGCAGCCAAGUACGGGGCAGGUGGUCUGGCUCCUGGCGUGGGUGGCCUGGCUCCUGGCAUAGGUGGCCUGGCUCCUGGUGUGGGUGGCCUGGCCCCCGGCAUUGGAGGUGUCCCAGGAGUCGGAGGUCCGGCAGCAGCAGCAAAAGCAGCAGCCAAGGCAGCCAAAUACGGUGCCGGUGUCGGAGGGGUGCCAGGCGCAGUGCCCGGUGUUCCCGGUGUGCCAGGAGUGACACCCGGCGUCGGCGGCGUCCCUGGGUUGGUGCCGGGCGUGGGGGUACCCGGUGCUGGCGUUCUCCCCGGGGCAGGCAUCCCCCAAGUAGGGGUGCAGCCAGGUGCUAAGCCUCCCAAAUUCGGCGUUCCCGGAGCCGGAGUCCCAGGGGUUGGUGGCAUCCCAGGUGGCCUCGGAGUUGGUGGCCUCGGAGUUGGUGGCCUUGGUGCUGGGCUCUUGUAUCCAGGAGCUGCUGGAAAACCUCCCAAGCCAGGUUUUGGUGUUGGGGGGCUGCAGCCAGGGGCUGGAGUUCCCGGCUUUGGCGUGUCACCGAUAUUUCCAGGUGGGGUCGGCGGCCAGCUGGGAUUUGGCGGGAAGCCCCCCAAGACCUUCGGAGGAGCCCUCGGGGCCCUGGGCUUUAGAGGUGGAGUCGGCUGCGCACAAGGGAAAUAUUGCGGGAGGAAGCGGAAGUAACCGCCCGCCCCACCGAUAACCUCAUGAACUUUGGUGCUACUGCAUGGUCCAGAAUGUAAAUCCCCAGCCCAGCUGAGACCCCCCCGGCCCCCCGGCCCCACGCUCCCGGGAGGGACCCCACAGCACGGCAGCAGCGCCGGGGCCUGCCCCCACCCCGGGAGUUCUCCCCCCGACCCCCCCAGGGAGCGCAGAAUAAACUGCGGGGAGCAGCUGUCCCCCUUGGUGCUAUCGCUCCCUGCGGGGGGGGCUGGGACCCCCCCGACACCCCCUGCCCCGGUGCUGCCCCCCGGGGUGAGUGGCGAGAGCUGACCCCGGGGGGGGCAGGCCGAGCGGGGGGCACGAGGGGCACCGGGGGGGGAAGGAGGGAGGGAGGGAGGGGGUCCCGGCGGCAGGGGACAACGUGGGGGGGCUUGUCCCCGCCAGCCUGCGACCCCCCUGGCUCCCUUCAUGUUACUCACUUUGAUAUAACUGGGUGGGACACCCUACGCAGAGAGAAUCGCUGCCAACAGACUAAUAAAGGACAAGUUUUUAAAGGA